AUGGCACACUUGGUUACGCAGAGUUUCUACAUGGAAGGAGUGGGCUAUGAUUACAAUAGGUUCAAUCCCGCGUCAUACUACAAAACCGGUCACUUCACUCAAUUGAUUUGGAAAGCUUCCAAGAGAAUGGGUGUUGGUGUCUCCAUAGUUUAUCAUGACGGAUUUCGACGAAAUCCCUGUCAAGCUAAUGUACCGCUCUACAUGAUUUAUGUGGUUGUCAAGUAUGAUCCACCUGGUAAUUUUCUAUCAUAUGAUGCGUAUAUAAAUAAUGUGAGGUCGCCUAUACAUUGA